AUGGCUGUUCCAUUGGAUCAACAAUAUAAGCUAGAGAAAAAAGGCAUAAUUGAAGAACGUAUUCCUGUUUUGCAUCCAUCUGGUAUGGAUCAACAUUAUUUUGUAACAUACAUUCCAUUACCAACUAAUAUUGAAGAUGGUGCAACUAUUGAACAAUGGAUUGAACGAAUGACAUUUAUAUGUGAUGAUUUAACAUGGUUAUUACAACAAAAUCAUAUAAAAUUUUGGUGUGAAGUUGCUUUUAAUAAAGAUUUUCAUUCAAUGCUUGAUUCUUAUCUACGUUAUGCACCACGACCACAACGAACUAUUUCAAUAAAUAAUUAUUCGUCUAUUAUAAAUGGUAAAGAAUUAGAAGAGAAACUUUCGCGUUUAAUAUUCAUGUGUAUUCUUCGACUUUCUACACAUAAAGAAUCAUCAGAAAAUUUCUUUACACCACAAGGAUUUGGUCAUGUUAUUUAUGAUAAUUAUAUAUUCGAUAUUCCUCGUUUAUUUGAUAUAUGUUCAUUAUAUGCAGUUAAUAAUAAAGAAUUAUUAAGUAAAAUGAUUGGAAAUAUUUUUAAACAACAAGAAGCCUAUACGAAAGAUCUUCACGAUGCUAUUAAAUCAAUUAAAGAUGUGAGUUACAAAUAG